AUUUUAUUCGUCACUUGUCGAAUGUAGCUACAACUGGAGUUUUUCAUUGGUCAAGGUAAUAAACAGAAAGCGAGUUUGCGCAGUAGUGAUUCGACGUUUCGGCCGCAAUGGCGCCACAGACUGAGCGCUCUCGGGUCUAGCUGUCAAAUGUACUAUAAAAUCGCUUUUUAAAACCGUUCAUAGACUUUAAAAGAUACUUUAUAAUACAUUUAACGCGUAUGCUUAAAAAAAAAGAACAGCGUUUCGUCAGUGCUAUUGAUUUUAAAACAUAACCUCAAAGCGAAGGUAAAAUGAUUGCAAAGCGUAUAGUUUUCGUAUUGUUUUCGAUUGUUUUUGUCGUGUGGGGUAAUCCGGAUGCUAAGAGACUUUACGAUGAUUUACUCAGUAAUUAUAACAGGCUGAUCCGACCUGUUGAUAAAAACAAUAAUACUGUUUUGGUGAAACUCGGUCUCCGGCUGUCCCAACUGAUUGACUUGAACUUGAAAGAUCAAAUCUUGACCACCAACGUAUGGCUCGAACAUGAGUGGGAGGACCACAAGUUCAAAUGGGACCCGAACGAGUACGGCGGACAGAAGGAACUGUAUGUGCCCUCUGAACACAUCUGGCUCCCUGAUAUCGUUCUUUACAACAAUGCCGACGGCGAGUACGUGGUGACAACGAUGACAAAGGCGGUGCUCAGCUACACGGGAAAGGUGCUAUGGACGCCGCCGGCCAUCUUCAAAUCCUCCUGCGAGAUCGACGUUCGCUACUUCCCCUUCGACCAGCAGACCUGCUUCCUCAAGUUUGGGAGCUGGAGCUAUGAUGGAGACCAGAUUGAUCUGAAGCACAUCAACCAGAAGAGACAGACCGGCGACACUAUUGAGGUGGGAAUCGACCUCAGGGAAUACUAUCCCUCCGUGGAGUGGGACAUCCUGGGAGUGCCAGCUGAGAGGCACGAGAGGUACUACCCGUGCUGCCAGGAACCUUAUCCGGACAUCUUCUUCAACAUCACGCUCCGCCGCAAGACCUUAUUCUACACCGUCAACCUCAUCGUUCCGUGCGUCGGCAUUUCCUAUCUCUCCGUCCUUGUGUUCUACCUCCCCGCCGACUCUGGAGAGAAGAUAGCUCUCAGCAUCUCCAUCCUGCUCUCACAAACCAUGUUCUUUUUACUGAUUUCUGAAAUCAUCCCGUCGACAUCCUUAGCUUUGCCGUUACUUGGGAAAUACUUGCUGUUUACCAUGUUGCUCGUAGGAUUGUCAGUGGUUAUAACUAUAGUUAUACUGAAUGUGCAUUAUCGGAAGCCUAGUACUCACAAAAUGGCUCCUUGGGUAAGAAAGUUCUUCAUAACGAAGUUACCAAGAUUACUAUUAAUGCGUGUGCCUAAAGAUUUGUUGAGGGAUUUGGCUGCGCAGAAGAUCGCAGGGAGGAGCUUGAAGAAGAAUAAGUUUAAGGAUGCGUUGGCGGCGGCGGAGCAGACAAACUCUAACGCUUCGAGCCCGGAUUCGUUGAGACAUCAUUUGCCUGGAGGAUGUAAUGGAUUGCACUCGACUACUGCUACUAACAGGUUCAGCGGCCUCGUCGGUGCUCUGGGGAGCCUUGGCGCUGGCUACAACGGCCUCCCCUCCGUGAUGUCAGGCCUCGACGACUCGCUGAGCGACGUGGCCCCGCGCAAGAAGUACCCGUUCGAGCUCGAGAAGGCCAUACACAACGUUAUGUUUAUUCAACACCACAUGCAGCGACAGGACGAGUUCAAUGCGGAAGACCAGGAUUGGGGCUUCGUGGCCAUGGUCCUCGACCGUCUGUUCCUCUGGAUCUUCACCAUUGCCUCCAUCGUCGGCACUUUUGCCAUUCUCUGCGAAGCCCCGUCACUCUACGACGACACCAAACCCAUCGACAUGAUUCUUUCGUCGGUCGCCCAGCAGCAGUUCUUGCCGGUGGAUAGUGGUGAUUCUUAAACACGAUUAGUACAAAAGAAUACCUUCCGGGAGUUAUUUCUUUAAUACUUUUGCGUUUUCAUGUCUGCCUUGUUUCGGGUAGUGUCUGGCUGAAACUUAUUUUUCUGAAGCCCGAAAAGUUAAUGAGAGACUAGCCCCAGUAAAAAAAAGGCCGUGGUUUCAGAUCUCUACUCAGGCCACGAAAUUUUUAAACUUUUUUGCAUAUUUAAUAAAAAUGUUAUUUCAAUGUUUAUUAAAUUAUUACACUCAUAAUUACUCACCGUAGCUCCUCACCUACCGUGAGUAAUUGAGCAUCUAUACAAGCAAACAGUAGAUUUCAAUUGUUUAGAAAGCAAACAGAAUAGAUUGCACGCAUCAAACAAAAUUACAAGUCAAUAGAAUGGGACAUUUUGCUAGCAAAUUACAGUAUCAAAAUAUAAUUAUAUUUAGUGUGUACAUUGUUUUAAAACAACAUGUGAGGAGGUAUUAAGCUAAUUUGCAUUAAUAAGUAAUGAUUUUGAUGAGUGUCGUGAUGUCUACUAGUUCAAAAGAUAACUGUGUCAAAAUUUUAUUACUUAUUCAAAUGAUCGACAAAUAAUUUUAGAAUAACGUGCAUGUGUAGUGUUAGUGAUAAUUAUUAAAGCCAAAGUUCUCCAGGCUGUGACUUGUUAUUUAAAAUGUAGCUAACAUUGUUCAAGUCAAUAUAAGUUUAAAGUGUGUUGCUAAUGUAAUUCAUUUUGAUACAGAAAUGAUACAAGCAACAGCGAGUAUAAUGAACCCCGAUUGAAAUCGUGGAGGUUGGAAAUAAGUUACUUUUAGCUCAAUGCUUAGAUGGCUAGAACUAAAACGAUAGUUAAGUAUAAGAAGUAUUUGUCAAUGUAAUUUCAAUUGGAUAUUAGUCGUUAAUGAGUGAUAUUCAGGAAAACUUUGAUUUAAUUUUCUGGAGUCUGUGCUGUUAAAACAAAAUAAGUUAACCACUGCCUACUUAGCGAGUGUACCAAUUAAAAUCUAAACAGCUGUCUAGUAAAUUUUUAUUGACAAAUUAGAUAAAUUUACUCAUACCAUAGAAAAUAGAUCGAAAAUAGAUUGUCUUCUUACUGAUUUUGUUAUUUAAUAUUUUAAAUAUAGUUAGGUCUUAUAUCUAAGGUCUAAUAUCUUACUUGUCUAUAACUUUUCGAAUCUCCUUCCAUUGUUUUCAUUUUUCAAAUUCAGACUUUGCGGAGUGGCUAAAUUGUAUUAGAUAGUAAAACUUUUAUGAAUAACUUUCGUCGAACGUUUUUGGGGGAAUGGGUUUAAAAUAAGCGUCUAUAUUCCAUAAUAUGGCUGUGUUAGAUUUAAUGUUCGUAGGAUCGCUUAUAAUGUUACUGAAUUUAGUAGAAUAAGGGUAUAUAAUAAGUAUUAACUAUUCCUUUUUCUGAUACUUGGUAAGCGUUUCUAUAUUUCACUUAUACACCGUGUUUUUUUUGAUUUGCGUUAAUUUCGAGGGUGCAUUCCUGAGCUUUAAUUAAGUAACUUUCUCAAAGACACCGAUAUUCUAAUUAACUCCAUUUCGGAGAUAAUCAAUCAUAUUUUUUUAUAUUAUAAGGCCCUUACGAGCGUGUACACUUGCCUUAGGGCCUGUUUACUUAUUGAUUAGUGUUUAGUGCGAGUUCAUACAUGUGCUACUAACGUACGUACUAUCUCGGACGAUCGAUGUUAGAAAUGACAUUGAUAUAUCACAGUUUUCAAUUGUUUGGUUGAGUUAAAUGUAAUGCCCGUGUUAUAAUAUCGCUAUAUGCAACAUUUAGUUACUUUUUAUAAAAAUAAAAAUAGUAAAAAAAAACAAAAAAAUUUUUUUUUUUUUGAAAAUUAACUAUGCCAUUUAGUUUCCUUAAACGUACUUACCGAAACCCCGGAGUUAACGCAAUUCAAUAAAAACACGGUGUAGAUAACUUUAUGCCAAUACCCUGACAUGUGUAGUCAUAAAUUUUAAAGGAAGUAUUUUACACAAAACUGCACUUAUGCCUGAUGAGUGAUGACAUAAAAAUAUUUUGUCACAUAUUGACUAGUAUAUUACGCAGGAAAAUGAUCAUAUAUUUUGUUCAGAGUAAACGUUAUUUGCUUUAAUAGCAUAAAUAAAUACUAAAAUUAUUUAUUAUUUGACGUACAUUUUUGAUAAACCAAUUUUACUGUAUUUCAAUUGAUAGGCUUUAUUAUUUAAUAAAAUUGAUUUACUUAUCUAAUUUUUCAAAAAAAGUUUGGUAAAUAUUCUAGAAAAAAAUGGCGUGCAGAACACAAGUCUGGAUUCAAUAUAUCAACCUGGCACAAAUUAAAUUCCUCUAAGAGUUACACAAAUUGUUCACAAGCCGUACAUAUUGGUAGUAAUACGUAUUUGUAAGUGAUCGUUUUAUAAUCGAUGGUUAUUUAACCGAAUACCUAGUUAUAACAGGUAAUUAUGUAGCGAUUUAACGUUGUAAUGCCGCAAAUAAAAGGUGUCAUAAAAUAAAA